AUGAAUUAUUUCUUUAAAAAUUUCGUGUUAAAAGACAAGAAUACAAUCGUGAAAUGUGGCAUGUUAAAAAGAAGGUACUCCAAGAUAACAAGUGUUAAUGUGAAUAACUGGAAUGAUAUUCACAAGGAGAUAAUCCAUAAAAUUCAUGAGAGCGAUUUCGUUUCUAUUGACGUGGAGUACACAGGGCUGCAUCUAAAGGAUGAGAGGUACAUAUCUAUUGAUUCCAGUUAUGAAGCCCAUUGUUAUGGAGCCAAAUCUUUUUUCCCAUGCCAAAUUGGUAUCACCGUAGCUAGGAAAAAUGACACAAAGAAGAAGGAGAAAAGCGUUGCAGACGGAGGAGUUGAAAACGAAAAGGCAGAGCUGCGAAAAAUGAAUUUACACAAUAUUAAAGUGUCAAGACAUGAGAAUGAAAAAGUAGACCAAAGGGACUACUUAAAGUGUGACCAAGAGUGGGACAUAUCACCAUACUGCAUUUAUGUUUUUCCAAAGGAAAAUAAGUACUUCAGUGUAUCUACAACUACUCUUAUUUUCUUAAAGGAAAAUAAUUUCGAUUUUAACGAAUGGAUUUGUAAUGGUGUUGGUUAUUUAACGCCACCUGAGGAGGAAGAAAAAAAAAAAAAUAUCUUUGAAAAAAUCGACGAGCUAAAAAAUUUGAUGAAUAAAUGUAACACGAAAACGGGAGAUGUCAGAGAGAAGGACUUGGAUGACAGCAAAAAAAAAGUCGAUGUAGAGAAAAUUAUUCAAGAAAUAGAAAAUUAUAAAAUUGUGGACGACGAGGAUAAGGAAGCCGUUAUUGAGAUAAUAAAGAAGAUUGGUGUUUGGCUGGCUCGCGGGGAUGUGGCCCAUCCUGUGGAGAGGUUCAAUAACGGAGAGGAGGUUAAAACAAGUUCGGUGCAGAAGGAUAAGUGUUCAGAUGGGCGAUCAUUACACCAGUCGGAAGGUGUGGGGGAGCCCCAUUCGCAUCAUAUGAGUGCAACUUUUCAAGGAAGUGGAAGCAAAGGGGAGAAUUACAACAGCGUGUACACGAAUUACCCCUAUGGAUGUGGAGGGCAUGAAGAAAAAAGUGUCACGUUCAAGGGAAAUAUUCCCGGUUUGCCAAAAUCUCAAAGUAAUAACCAUGUUGCUUCUACUCCGAUAAACAGUGGUGGUAUCCCAUUGGACUCUAAGCAUGCAGACAUCUCUGUCGAUGGUGAUAACCAGACAGGGGAAGUAGGAAGGAUGGACUUGCCACCCCGAGCAAACACAAACAAUGAUCCAUCGGAUUGUCCCCUAUACAUAGAAAUAGAAAACCCGUAUCUGAGAUUACUUGCACAUACAUUAAUAACGAAAUAUUUCAGCGGCAUUUUCUGUAUAUCUGUCAAGGUGAAUGAUAAGAAGCAUUUAGCCAUCUAUCGGACGGAGAAGGAUUCGUACAAGGAACAAAUUAGGGCAUUGCAAUUCGAGAUAGAGAAAAUAAACCAAACAGUUGGAGUGAGAUUACUAUUUGAUGAAAUUAUAAAAAAUAAAAAAAUAAUCAUCGGACAUAAUUGCUUUUAUGACAUCCUGCACAUAUAUCAGACGUUUUAUCAUGAGUUGCCAAAUUCGAUUAGUGUCUUUAAGAAUAAAUGGACAGAAAUAUUUCCAUACACAUUUGAUACAAAGUACUUGAACGAAACGAAUGAAUAUUUAUAUGCACUGAAUGGCCCUGCAACCUUGAAGGGGUUAUGUGAGUACAUGGCUUCCCUAAUUUCAGCCAGCAACGAUUUCGAUUUUGUUUUUAAUUUUACGAAUGGUCAUUCGGACCUCCCUCAAUGUUUUGUCCAUCUUGUAAAGGUUGGAGAUCAGCCAAAUGAUGCAGCAUGUAAUGUUCUUGACACCACAGCGAAGGACACUUCUAUGGAUGGAAAAAAAGAGGUAAUGAAUGACACAGAUAAUGACUAUCGUAACAGUUCGGAUAGCAAAAAGGAUAAUAUGUAUCAAAAUGGAACAGAAUUAGUGUCUCCCCAAGGAAGAAGCCACGAGUGUCAUGUAAAUGCCAAAACGAGUGAUGAACAUAAUGCUGGUUAUGAUAGCCUCCUAACAUGCCUGCUUUUCAUAUUUCAGUGUCACUACAUUUUGAGAAAAAAUAAUAUGAUGUGGAAAAAUAUUUAUUUUAGUAAAACAAAAAGGACAGACGAAUGUGCGAAAUCAUUUUUUGAUAUUUUUUUAAAUAUGUGUAAUAAAAUAAAGAUUGUAAAAACGCAGCCGAAUGUGGUAUCGCUAACUAGUGCAGAAAACUACGAAAUGGCAAGACAUUUUUAUAUGUAUGAUUAUCCGAGCUAUUUUAAAAAAUGGGAGAUUAUGAAAAUUUGGUCGCCCAUUUGGAUUUCUCUAAGUAAGGUAGAUGAUCAAUCCUGCUGGAUAAUUGCCAAAAGUGACGACGACGCCAAAAAUAUUAAGAUGAUAUAUAAGAUGCUGCAGAACCCGCAGUUUAAGUUGUGCACCUAUGAGGAGUACAUAAACAAGUUUAAGUCCAAAUAG